GGAGCGUGAAGCUGUGACAUUUCAAGCCUGGCCAGCUCAAAGGGAUCGAGCUCUCCUGAGCUGACUGUCGCCCCACCAUGUCCGCAUUCGAUCUCCUCAAGACGCUCCAACUCGACAGCGACAGUUUGACAAAUUUGACAAACGGCUAUUCGCCUGCCACGAGUGAGCCAAAAGCGAGUGCCCCAGUCCUCCCUGCCGAAACUCCAGCCCCCAGACCGGCAGGUCGAGAGGCAGAUCUCCUCGCCAUCCUCAGCGGUACGAGCAGUAGCUUGCGAACGCCCUUGUCCAGCAGUCCUGCCGUCAAGCAGGAAGAGACAGACGCGCCAAUCGAUGUCAGACCGACCAUCGAGCGUACUACAACGCCUCCACCGCCAGAGCCGUCCAUGAAGACUACACCGUUUGCCUUCAGAUCACCUUUCGAUGCUAUGCUACCCGGUAGGGCUCUCAGCUCGCCCGCCACAAAGAGCGAGAGCCCCGUGCCUGCGCGAAUGAUGACACCAGAGCGAUCUCCUGCAAGUCGGAAGCAACGAGCUACAUCUGCGCAACCGAGCGCGAGUGCAGCGUCCAGCCCAAGCAAGAGUGAAGCCUUUGGACCUCUGCCUGCAGUGCCAAUCAGGACGGCAACGCUGAAAGAUAUGAGCAAGGUCGAGACUACGCCGAUCAGCCUGUUCACGCCUGCUCACCGGAGCCCGGGCAAGAGACUGGCAGCACACGGCUUCGUUGCAUACGCCACUCCCCUCGGUCGUAUCCGUGUCGUCGAUACCGACACGGGUGCUCGAUUGCUCCUUCAGGGCCUCUCGAGCCCGAUCAUCGAUCUGCACAUCAGUCCAGGUAGCGUCAGCGGCAAGCGACUCAUCGCUGCUGUCGAUCAUGAAGGCACGGUCAUGGUCUGGCGAAUCGAUGAGCGACUUGGCCCAGACAGCAAAGUCGAGCUCGAAUCGCGACAUACCAGCCAAACCGCCCCAUCUGGUGCCACAGUGCGAGCGCUACGCUUCAAUCCGGAUCCAGCAACGCGCAAGCUCUCGUUGCUCGCGAGUAGCAAUCAGCGCGAAUUGUCCGACGUCUUCACGCUCAGCAUGGAUCAGGCAAAGUCAGGCCAGCUCGACUUGAUCUCACCCUCCAAUGUACCGGGUGCCACAAUUCCUCACAUACGCGAACAACACUUUGACGACGCGCAGUGGUCUCUUGACGGCAAGUCGCUAGUAUUGCUAGGCUCCAAUGGAUCUGGCAGUCUCUAUGACGUCGAACAGACGCCCGUGUAUCCGUCCGAGCUUCUCGAUAUAGGAGCCCUUCCUCACGACCUGCUGUCUGUUGGCCUCCUCGCCGAUCAGCUCGCUCCCGGCGGCUUCUCUCUUGUCGCCGGGACAGAAUCUUCGAUCUCCAUCCUCCCUCUGGCCAGCAAAGCAGGAUCUGACUGUCAGACGAAGCGGAGAAAACGGGCAGUCUCUCGCUUCGACAUGACGGAGCGCAUCGUCGGCCUGGCACAGACAUUGAAACGCGAUGCUGCUUUUACUAUAACUUCCACGGGCACAAUAUCGUACAUCGCAUCGGCUGAAGCGGACAGCUACUGUAUUACGAACAUCGAGACGUCCAUAGCCGAUGCAUGGGACAUCGUCGUCGACAUGCACGAAGACAGUUCCGUGUGGACAACCUACGUCCUUCACAGCAAGGGCAUCAACAAGAUAAAGAUACCCCGAGAAGCUCUCAGAGAGGCAGAGACAAUUACGCACAAAGCUUCAGUGACUGCUAGUGUUGAGCAAAAGGCUACAGCGGCUCCUGUCGCGAGCAAAGCUAUUAAGGUCGACGAGCCUGCUUUGUCGGGACCGCCACCCGCUCCUGCUGUAGCGAGCACGCCAGCAAAAGCACCAUCACCUGUGCCACAAGCUGUCGUGAGUGUGCCGCUGCCCGAUCGCCCUCCCACAAAGAAGGCUCGGUCCACAGCGCUUCCCGCAGAGAAGCUGCCCGAGAAAGAUAUCAAGCCUGAUCUGGUAACACCAGCCGUUGCGCUGCCCAGUGAGACUGCUGCAAAAUCCAAGCAGGCUACGCCUGCAAAAACAAAGGGCAAAGACAAAGCACAGACUGGUAGCGAGGGCGAGACCGCGCAACCAAAGCCUGCACCGGCAGUAGGAGCGUCAAAGGGAGGGGACACGGUUCCUGUUGCAACGCCGAACAGGUCCGUUGCUCCGAAAGUGUCGAGCAAGGCCGCGCAGCCGAUUGCGGAGACCGCAAAAGCGCUUCGUGCUGCUGAUCUUGCCGAGCUGGAGGCCCGUCUCAGCAAGCGCAUGACAGACGAAGCCACUGCACAGCGCAAAGAACUUCAAGCCUACAUGCUCAGUCGCGAAGAAGGCGAGAAGGAGCGUCAAAUCGAAAUUCUUGAGCUGGUCAGCCAGAGCUUGGCUAAGCUCGAUCUGGCAGAGGCAGUACAGCAAGCUACGCAGACCAUGGUCGAUCUCGUUGUCUCGCAAACGAGCGAGCGUCUACAGACGCACCUUUCGGCGCUUCUCGAAGACUCAAAUUCAAAGAACGCCGAACAACGCGCGGCUUUCGAUGAAACUGUAAAGAGUGCUACUCAGGCUACCAUAACAAAGAGCCUGCCUGCUACUUUGGCCGUCUUGCAAGAAGCUCUCGUACUUCAAAUGGAUCAGCAGCUUGCCAAGCUUGAUGCGAUCGUCAGCAAAACACAGCAGACAUCAGCCGUGGAAGUGGAGAAACACAUGAUCGAGACCACCUCAGCAUACAAGGCCAUACAGGCUCAGAUCGGCGACCUGGCAGCUGCUCAAUCGAGGGCUAGCAUAUCCGUUGCGUCCAAAUCGCCUGCCAUUAUAGCCAACGGGUCAGGACUCGGACUCCAGCCUGACCAAUCGAUCGAGGGCGUGCCGAGCUUCUACGAGGAUCAAGUCCUCAGUGUGCUCUCUUCUCAAGACGCCGAUCAGCUUGCGCAAUUCGUCGAGCACUCUGACUUACCUCUUGCGCUUGCUGUGAUCAAAGCGCGGGAGCUCUCGAGUCCCGUCGUUUUGACGUUACUGCACCGGCUGGGCAAGGCAGAUGCCGCCACGCUAGAUGGACCAGAUCAGAAGAAGCUUGCUUGGAUCAUCAGUGCACUGCGUGUCAUUGAUCCUCAGGACGAACGCACGCGGACUUAUACGCCACAAGUCGUCAACGCGCUCUUGAAGGAAUCUCUUGGGCCACGUCUUGCAAAAUACGCCUCGCCAGUCGGCCGAUCGAUGCUCACGUCAGCCAUCGAGCGAGCACAGCUCCUCUUGCCGGGCAUCAUUCGCCGACAAUAGAGAGUGAUUGUAAGGCUAGACAAUGAGAUGCAAAUCGUGCUAGUAUACAUGGACGUCUCAGAGAUCAAAGAAUGGGUUCUGUUUCGGCUGCUGUUGUGCUUGCGCCGGCUGGCCGAAGCUAUUAUCGAAUCCGCUGAAUGCGUUGGAGUUGCCAUUGUAGGCACUUGAACCAUUUGACUGACCAAAAGGAUUGCCGUUGCCCGUCGGUUGAGGACCAAAAGACGAAGCAAAGGCUGCGUUCGCAUUGCUGGAUGCUGGUCCUG